AUGAGUAAUCUCAUAGAGGCCCUCACAACUGAAAAUAGCCAAUUAAAAAAAAAAGUAAAGGAGUUGGAAACUCGUCUUGAAGACAUUGAGCAAUACUCAAGAAGCAAUUGCAUUGAGAUUCAAGGAAUUCCUCUGGAGCCUGCAGAAAAUGUGUUAAACAUUGUUAAAGACGUCGGAAGGGCCUUGGACUUUGAUAUCUCUGACACUAUGGUUGACGCCUGUCACAGGUUGGGUGUACAGAAAACUGGAGACAAGCCACCAGGGAUAAUAGUGAAAUUUGUGCGUCGCAUGGACAAAGAGAGUUUUAUUCAGCGGAGGCGUGUGAAGACGACCCUGUCGACCCGUCACAUUGGCAGGAAGGACGAUUGCCCGAUCUAUGUCAAUGAGUCGCUGUCACCAGCUCGGAGGAGGUUACAUGCAUUGGCGAGGAAGUUUCAGCGUGAGAAGAACUACAAAUUCCUCUGGGUCCGAAACGGGAAAAUCUUCAUGAGAAAAGAAGAUAAAGCGCCAGUCAAGGUCAUCUCGAGUGAGGAGGACUUACAACGGUAUCUGUAA